UGUACACUUACCCAGAAUAUGACAUAGAACAACUGUCUCUAAACUAAGUUAUUUGUUUGGUAGUUGCCUUUAGUUCUUGAAGAUUACUUUUCCUGAAUGCACAUUUCACCACAGGUUGUGGUACCCUCAGAGGUCACUAUGAAGAUGAAACAGGAAAUAGACGAUAACUACGUGGUAGCUCAGUCGUUCAUAUUUUUCCUUGCUGGGUUUGAGACUCCUGGAAAUAUCCUAGCUUGUGCCCUGUUCGACAUAGCUAAGCAACCGAAUGUUCAGCAUGCGUUGUGCACCGAGAUAGUUCGAGUGUUGAAGAAACAUGGAGGUCAGAUAUCUUUUGAGGCUCUGCAAGAUAUGAAGUACAUGAAGCAAGUAGUAUCAGAGGCUCUUCGCAAGUAUACUCCUCUUCCUUUGAUCUUCAGACGCUGCACCAAAGACUAUUUGAUCCCUGGAACCUCCAGUGUGAUAGAGAAAGGGACCUUGAUCCUUAUACCUCUAAGGAGUAUCCAUAUGGAUCCUAUGUACUAUCCGGAUCCAGAGGUCUUUGAUCCUGAUCGCUUCUCGGAUGAAAACAGCGCAGCUAGACACAUCGCUGCAUUCAUGCCCUUUGGCAUCGGACCAAGAUUCUGUCCAGCUGUUCUCUACUCCUACAUCAAGAUAAAGUCAGCCUUAGCCCAUAUUUUGAAGCAGUUUGAAGUUUGUUUAACUGAAACUACUCCUCAAAAACUUGAGUCCAGUGCUGUUGAUUUUCUCUUCGCUCCUAAAAAUGGAAUUCCACUUAAGUUUCAGCAGCGGGAAAAACCUCUUCUCUAG